UUACGCAUGCGUAGAUCAAGGGAGAUGGCUGCCAUGUUCGGGUUUUCUGAGUUUUGUGCAAUUUCCAAACAUUUGGUGCAUUGAAAGAAUAGUAUAUUACACACAUGUAAUGUGCACGAGGCAAUCAAUAACAACGAGCAACUUUUUAUUUCAAAUAUGGAAUAACCCUUUAUGUAAUACGAAUUGGAAGGCCACUUGUACCAGACGACAUUGGAGACAAACGUCCAGUUGUUGUAUUUAUCAUUUAUCCUAUCCGUGUAUUACAAGCCACCACACGUAAUAUACUUGCAUCUGUUAAUAUAGAAAGUAAGCGAUGUCUGAAUGGGAAACCGCCGAUGAAUGUAAUGUUUGUGGAGAGAGUCAUGCCACUGCAACGUGCCCCCUUCUGGGCCGCGCACAGAAAGUGGAAGACAACAGCGUACCAUCGCGGGCUCGCUUGUCUCUUCCAUGCAAUCUUGCCCUAGAAGACACCACAGAUGGCAGAACCCGUGUCGUUGCUCGUGAGGACAUACCAGUUGGAAUUCAGUUUGGGCCCGUAGAGGCUCCUCGAUACAGGGCAUUCAAAGGAGAACCACGCUUCAAGCUCAAGAUAUUUCCGAAGAAGGGCCGCCCAACAUGUCUGGAUACAUCGGACGAAUACCAGUGCAACUGGAUGUGCUUUGUGGAGCCUGCUGCAGACCCUGAAUCUCAAAACCUGAUCGCCUACCAACUGCAGCAGUAUAUCUUCUUCAGCGUGCAGAAGCCAAUCCAAUGUGGGGACGCCCUUCUGGUUGGAUAUGCUCCCCCUUAUGGCCGCAAAAUGGCCGGACCGAUGGACGAGCCCCCACCCGCGAAUGUGGCACCCGCCCCAACUGCUCCGGACAGCUCCCUGCCUAAGCGAAAGAGGGGCCGUCCACCAUGUGCAACCAGUCUCCCGAGGCCUUCGGUUAUUGAGCAAGUAGAGCCUGAUCAGCCCGAACAAACGACUUCAUCCGUUGAGCUGGCCGGAUCACCCGUUGCUGGAAGUGCUGGUGAUGACGAGGCAUGGAAGUGCUCUCAGUGCGGAAAGACGUUUUACGAAAGCGUAGCAUUUGCGCGGCACCUGCAGGACCAUUACCGGCCCGCCUAUUUGAAGGAGCUGUCACGCAGGCACGGAGUCACUACAAGCCGCAGGCGUCAUUCACGAGCUUUAAGAGGACCAAAGCAGGAUGUCAUCCAACGAAGUCGGAGCUCCGAAAAGGAAGAUUCUCGUGCGAGUCCUCAGCAUUACGAGAAUGAGAAGGAGCCAACACAUCUUCUAAUUCAGCUGGAGGACGGGACCAUACAUAAAAUCACGUCAUACCAUUCGUCCACAAACCCCGGUUUGGACCCUACCCUCAGCCAGCAACCUGUUAUCUCGAGCACAACCGGUGGAUUGUCGCUCAGUACAUCAGACCUUAGCAGCUCGGAGGGCAACAAAGGAAAGCAUACUGCAGUUCGAAGGUCCGAGAAAAAAUUUGAGGGUGUCAUCCACAAUGCAAUCGAGGACAGCCACCAAGACACGCGUCAAGAAUUAGUCAUUGAAGAAGAUGAAUGUGGUCAGGAAUCUGACGUGGACAUGGACGAGGACUACGACAGCUGCGAAAACGACUACGCGGUAACAACAGCUUCUGGCGAGGCGUCGUCUAGUUCAGAGAAAAACAAGGGUCACAAGAAGUUGGCAGGACACGGAGGAGCCCCGAAAGAGUUGCACGUCGCCAUUGAAAUGGUGACCAGUCUACCGUGCUCCGCUGCACAGCCUGCGGAUUUGCCACCUGCACCCGGUCCCUCUAUGCCUGUGCUGUCCAUCAGUGAGGGCACAGGGGAAACCCUACACACUGGCACGGCAAAUCAUCACACGUCUGAUUCUUCCAUGGAACCCACUGCAUCGUUUGGCGCAUCGCAGGGAAGCGAAGGUGACAGGGAGAACUUGCAAAAGGUGGUGCCAGCAAAGUACUACAGAAGCGUUGAGCAAGCACGGCUCGACCGACCUAGGAAGUCGGGGAAAUAUCGGUGUGACUUGUGCGGAAAGGGUUUUAACCAAACUCUCUACCUCUUCAGACACAUUCGAAAGCACACUGGGGAAUUCACGUGCUUCAAGUGUCAAAAGGUGUUUGCUCGGAAGGAGAACAUGGUGAAUCACACAUGCGAAGCGAUGAGCACCAGCCAGACAGAACCUGAGGAGUUUCCUUGCAGUGAAUGUGGGAAAAUAUUUUCUUCGGACCGCCUCCUAAAACGGCACUGUGCGAAACACACGGGCCAGUACACCUGUACGGAAUGUGGAAAGAGCUACUCAACUAAGGAAAUUUUGGCUAACCACGCCUGUGUCAAGCAUCCCCUGGUGGAGAGGUACAGCUGUGGCGUAUGCGGCAAGGCCUUUACUCGACAUACCUACCUCAUGAAGCACCUGCCGAUGCACACGGGCCAGCAUUCGUGUCCCGUCUGCGGCAAAUGGCUGCGCUCCUUGGAUUCUCUCACCAACCAUCUGCGUAUGUGCACCCAAGUGCAGGACAUUGAACGCAGCGGAAAGGCCACCUGUUCAAACUGCCAUAAAGAGUUCACAAACGCGGCUGAUUUCCGGAGGCACCAGUACGAGCACACGCACGUGCACCGCUGCGACAUGUGCGGGGGACGUUUUCGCAGUCUGGCAGCACUGGGGGCGCACGUGUGUCUGGGCCGUCCCGUCGAAUGCGAGGGCUGCGGGGAAGUUUUCGACUCGGUGGCCAACCUCGACAGGCAUAGGGCUUCCCACGGGGAACCGCAGUUCAAGUGCGAUUCUUGCGGAAAACAGUUCUUCAAGGAGGAGUCCCUAAGCAAGCACCCGUGUGUAAACGUCAUCGACACCACCGAUACUGGACGUAGAAAAGACUUGAGCCUUCUACCCCUCGUAUGCGAAGUGUGUGGAUCUACGUUUGCUUCUACCAGCAGCCUUAACGUCCACAGAAAUCUUCAUGGUGAGAAACGCUUCCAGUGUGACACAUGUGGCAAACGGUUCCACCGUAAGGAUCUCCUUGUGGAACACCACGCAGUGCACGGGGACCCCACUUUUCCGUGCCCUACGUGCCACAAGUUGUUCAAAACCAAGAAGUCGCUGGACGUUCACACCAUGAUACACGAGGGGGUCAAGCGUUUUAAGUGUUCAGUCUGUGGCAAGGAGUUUUUUCAAAAGGGCAACUUACAAAAGCACGAGGAAACACACUUGAGCGACAGACGGCAUCGGUGUUCCUUGUGCCAGAAGGUGUUCCUCACGCGGGAGUCAUUCAACCGCCACGCCUUGGAACACACAAGGGGGAAAAUAUUCACAUGCGGCACUUGCGGACGGUCCUUCGUAAAGGAGCACCAGCUUCGCAAUCAUCACCGCAUGUUCCACACAAACCAGACUUACUCCUGCCAGUACUGCGGGUUAUGCCUGAAGCUACGCCAUUCCCUCAGGCGCCACUUACGCAAGAAACACCCAGAGCACGAGGCUCAGUGGCGCAAUCCUACUGCACUUAAUGCCAUGCUAGCUACUAAACUAGGUGCGGAAGAUGUCUCGGAAGAAUACACGCAAGGAAUUGACGCAAGUGCCUUGGACCAACAGCAGCAAUUGGUGUUCGAGACCCAAACUGCGCAAGAGUCUCUUGAAGAGUCUUUAGUCACUACGAAUAUGCUCGGUGAUCAGGGUGCCGAGGUCUUGCUUGAAGUGGAAGGAUUCAGCAGCGAGGAACUACGAGAGGCCAUUGCAUCCGGACGGGCCCAGAUCAAACAAGGACCAACACCAGAUACAAUCGAGAUCUCCAUGCCAUACCAUACAGAACAGAGCGAGGAGAAUGGAGUCUCAUCAGAGGAGGUUGCUUAUGCGAGUGGAAGCACGGAGCUGAACGAUGGCUCUUCGAAGGCAGUAGCAGACAUAUUGGGCGAUCAUGGAGCCACUAUUAGUGCAAUAUCUCCCGUUGCUGAGCAUUAUGUUGUAUCUAACAGCACCGACAUUGCACAAGGUGCAACAACGGAAGUGGGCACACUCCAAGGAGAGACCAAGUUUGUGACGCAUUCCUUGUACGCCACUGAAGGUGGAUGUGAGCGACAACAAACCGCUUCCCUCCAAUGUCCCCAAACGAUAGCCAGUGACGGAGAACAGUUUGUGAUCACAGGGCAGGAAGUGCCCGAAGGAGCACACAUCAUUUAUGGCGGAGAGGAUCUCGAGCAGCAUAGAGUGCCCCAAGGGGCUAUACUGUUGGAUGAUGGGACAAUCCUUCAACAAGAGGAGGAGUCAGGAGCACCUACAGAUCUCUUGUUCUAUGUACUCACAACGAGCGAGUCUCAGGAAGAAAGCUGAACAAAAACCCAUCGAGCAAACAUUGUAUUAAAGAGAUGUACCUAUGUAA